ACCAGUUCAUCAAAUAAUUAAACUUUUUAGUUUAGUCAUUAAAGCAAAGAAAUGCCUAAACGACAGAUUCAUAGGCAUUUCACUCCCAAGGCUGUAUCGAAAACACAGCCACAGCCUCUUGAAGUCCGUCGCUCUGCAAACUAUCGACCGUCUCUGUGGGAGCACGAGUAUCUCCUCUCGCUGGGUAAUACAUACGCGAUGAGGACAACAGCGAGAGAGUUAAGUUAUUGAAGCAAGAAGUGAGUAAAAUGCUGACUGAAACAGUGAGAUUCGUCGACACUUUAUAAAGACUCGGAGUUUCUUACCAUUUCGAACGUGAGAUCAGUGAGAUUCUAACAAAUGGUCGAUCUGGCUUGGGAUGAUUUGAACUUCUGGGUGGGCAGAGGGCGGCGGCCCAUGGGGUUUGAGUCUUUUUAAAAAAAUUUCCUUAUAAAAUGGGCUUAUGUAUUGGACAAAAAUCUCUUUAGAAAAUCAAUAUUUAUCAAAAAGUUUUGUUUAGAAAGACUUAUAUACAAAAAUAUUAUUUUAAAAGAGUUUUUAAAUACAGAUUUUUGAUAUUAAAUUUUUAUAAAAGGUCUUAAUUUUUUUUUUCCCUAGAAUUUUUGUAAGUGUUAGGCCGGGGCUGUUGUUGUUAACAACAUUGACUACAUCAAGGUUUCCUAGAAGCUGCGGCUAAUCUUGGACGCGUGGCUCAUCAAUGCGUUUAUCAGCACGGUGAUGGCCAUGGCUGUCCCGACAAGGCUAAGACCGUCCAUGAUGUCCGGUCUUUGCUCGUCCAUCCUGUUCCACUCGAUUAGUCAAAGCAUGAUGGAUAUAGAGUGACGAAAUACACACGUCAGCCAAAACAAUUAACACGACUUGAUCCGAUUUUUAAUUAUUUCCAAAAUUAGAAGUAAUUAAAGGUUAAUUAUAGGAAACUUAAGCUAUUUUUCCGGAGGGAAUUAUACACUAUACAUUACCGUUACCAAAUCUAUCUACUCAACAAAGGCCUCUCGCGCUUUCCUUCCAUCCAUUUUUUCUCACUCUGGUUCGAGAAAAAUCUCUGAUCCAAUCUUCUCUCUUGUCACCCAAAAUCCCCAUAUCGAAAUUCGCAAUGAUCAAGGUACCAGAAUUAAUUAGGGUUUUUUUUUUUCAGUUACUCGUAACUCAAAUGGUUAUUCGUUUUUGUUUUGUUUUUAUGGAUCAUCAGGUCUAUUGAUCUAUUGCGAAAUUUAGGGUUUGUAAGUUUGAAUCAGAGAUUAAUAACUUACCACCAUAAGGAAUCUGACUGGAGAUGGAGUGUUCAUCACGCAUAGAAGAAUUUUGAUUGGAUUUUUGAUUUUUAGAUGGUGAAGAUGAAAAGCCCUUUGAGGGUAUUUAUAGAGGUUUCAAUGAAGGAGUUAAUUAAGGGUUUCAGGAGGCAAAUGAUCAAAUGGAGAAACGCGUUUCUUCUCGGUUCUAUAAUGACCACCAUUGUUGUUCUGCUUCACACACCGACGUUUCCUAUCUUCUCCGAUGAUGAAGAAACCGAGUCUUCUUCUUCUUCUUCUUCUUCGCCUAUUUACUUGAACGGUUCUCUACAUUUGAAUAUACAAAUCGUUAGUAGUGAAUCAAAGGUCGAAAGCUUUCCUGCUCUUACAGCAACUCCCACAAAGGAAUUGAAUUCUUCUUCCGGAGGAAAACCUGUAGAUGAAAGCGUUCUUUCGAGGAAAAGGCGAAAAAGAAAGAAAAGAAAGAAGACGAAAGACGAGCUGAUUCUCCCUGAUCCUCCACCAGCACCAAAACAUGUUCUUUCUUCCUCUGAGAGACAUGCUCUUUCAUUGCCACCAAAAGAAGCUUUAGCUUAUGCUAAACUUGAGAUCCAGCGUGCCCCUCAAGUCGUAAAUGACACAGAUCUGUUUGCUCCAGUGUUUCGCAAUCUCUCUGUUUUCAAAAGGAGUUAUGAGCUUAUGGAACUAAUACUUAAGGUCUACAUAUAUCCUGAUGGAGAAAAACCGAUAUUCCACCAACCACAUUUGAACGGUAUAUACGCUUCAGAAGGUUGGUUCAUGAAGCUAAUGGAGUCAAACACACAGUUUGUCACAAAGAACCCUGAGAAGGCUCACUUGUUCUACAUGCCAUACAGUGUGAAACAGCUUCAACAUGCUAUCUUUGUCCCUGGAUCACACAACAUCAAACCUUUAUCGAUCUUUCUUAGAGACUACGUCAACAUGCUCUCCAUCAAAUACCCUUUUUGGAACCGCACUCACGGAUCAGAUCAUUUCCUCGUCGCUUGCCACGAUUGGGGUCCUUACACAGUGAACGAGCAUCCAGAGCUAAGCCGAAAUGCCAUUAAAGCUCUUUGCAACGCAGAUUUAUCAGACGGAAUCUUCGUCCCCGGGAAAGACGUUUCUCUCCCGGAGACUUCCAUAAGAAACGCAGGGAGACCACUCCGAUACAUCGGAAACGGAAACAGAGUUUCUCAGCGUCCAAUACUCGCUUUCUUCGCUGGGAACCUCCACGGUCGUGUACGUCCACAGCUUCUUAAACACUGGAGAAACAAAGACGAAGACAUGAGAAUCUACGGUCCGCUUCCACACAACGUGGCUAGGAAGAUGACUUACGUGCAACACAUGAAAUCGAGCAAAUACUGUCUAUGUCCAAUGGGUUACGAAGUGAACAGUCCACGGAUCGUUGAGGCUAUAUACUAUGAGUGUGUCCCCGUGGUGAUCGCUGAUAACUUCGUGUUGCCGUUCAGCGAUUUGCUGGAUUGGUCGGCGUUCUCGGUGGUUGUGCCGGAGAAGGAGAUUCCAAGGCUGAAGGAGAUACUGUUGGAGAUUCCGAUGAGGAGAUACCUGAAGAUGCAGAGUAGCGUGAAGAUGGUUCAGAGACAUUUCUUGUGGAGCCCUAAACCUAGAAGGUACGAUGUGUUUCAUAUGAUACUUCAUUCCAUUUGGUUUAACCUUAUUAAUCAGAACCAAACUUCUUCUUCUUCUUCUUCUCAUCAUGAUCCUGAUUCCUGACACUAUCCUUGAUUUAUGUCUGUACAUAUAUCUAUGUAAGCACAAAAAAAAAUAUAAAAAAUGUUUGGAUUAAUUAACAGGCUCUUUCUUUAGGCCCAUCUUAGAUAUUAAUGGGCUUGAUAGA